AUCAACUUCAACUUUACCACAACGGUUGUGAAUUCAUGCAUAUCCAUUCAAGCACGGACAUCUACCUUUUAAGGCGUUACUUACCGAUUGCCCUUCAUGGGGCAAUCUAACAGUUUUUCUUUUUCAUGCAUGCAUAUUAUUUCGCGGGUGUGGUUGGAGCAAGACACUGGAGAAAAGACGAUAAUAACAAACUACCGCCUGAUCCUGAGUUAUUGAUGAUACUCUGCCAUGGAUGCAUUCUUAGCCAAGUUAUCCUACCACGCCACCAACUAUGCUAUCAGGUCUUGCUUCGCUCUGACUUCUACCUAUGUCAUCCAACAAGGUUCAAGACUCCUUAAAACCGUUGACGACGAUCCUCUACGGGCCGAGUUGAGCCAUCUACAACGACGGUUGGCUCGCAAGAUCGAGCUUAUUUCCCCUAUACUCGAGUCUAUUGAGUUUCGUUUUGCUCGAGGAAACUCGACUUUGGAGGCCGUAGUGCAGACAGCACAAGAACUACGGGCCAAUGUUGACUCACUUGGAAAACGCCUCGAAGUCGCUGCCUUAGCAGACCAAUCCCACCAAGAUGGAAAAGCUAAAGGCCCCGCUGCAACUGCUUCUAUGCGUCGUAUCGAAGUCAAGAACAUCAUCACAGACAUUAAACAAUUAAUUGAAGAUAUUGAUGAUUCCAUACCCCUCAUCAACCUUUGGGUUUCUGCUAUCGGUGGUAUUCAAACCCAACACUCGGCUUUUUCCCCCUCCCGUUUAUUACAGGCUAGCAUGCUUGUGAAUGUCGGCGAUACUCAGUACAUUCUCAACCCGGGCAGACCUAUGCAGAUCGGCCCAGACUUUAUGCUGUCCAUCUACAUGUUAUUUCGUGCCCAUGCCUCUCCCGAAGACGCAGUAGAGCCGUACGGCAUAGAAGAGGGUCAGCGUAAGCCGGUGUGGCAGGAAGUGAUCCAUAAAGCCCGAGUCCGGCUCCGUAGGAUACCGCUCGAGGAUAAUCUCCCUGGAAUGAACAACAACAUAGAGCAUAACACCUCUUAUGUAAGUUAUGCAUACCAACUUCAAAUUGUGGAGGACUUAGAUGACGGACGUGUCCACACAGUCGAGGACGGCAGCGCCCCGCCAAAUUCUUACGAGGGUGUCUCCAGCGCCGGUAUACGAGAAUUUAUUCCGGUCCACCAGAUUUCAAAAAUGUUCUACGCGGACGUUGGGAGGAUUUUAAACAUAAAUAAUGAAGAUGGCGCCUCGAGUAGUCCCGUAUUAUUGCUUAAAAGGGACGUGAAGGCUAUACCUCCGAAUCAAGCGCGACAAACCGAUCUAUUUCGGGAGGAUCAACGACAGUUAAUCGAAGGUCCAGAUGAGAGUAUCGUAUCUGACUGCACUUUAGAGGGCGAUUCUCAGGACGAAAUAGACCGUCAACUUCGCCAAGAAAUUGUGGUCACUAAGGCUGCUAUACGGAGAUCCACUAAUUCCUGGAGGCUUCCACAGGACCUUGACCCUGCAUGGAUAGCUCUGGAGGUUUUUGAGAUGGAUGACGACGACGACGACGACGACGACGGUACGACGGAGGAUGAGGAUGACCAUACGCCUGAAGAAGAUGAAGAAUACAGAACAGAAAAAGACCAACAUUCAAACUCCAACAUCCCCCGCCGGCUAAAAAACAGCACGCGUCCAUCCGCCGAUUCAAAUCUAGUAACACAGCUCAACCGAAUGAGCAUAGCCUCCACACCCUCGCGGUCGUCCUCUAGAAACUCAGGCGGCGCACUUAUCCCCGACAACGGGAAAUUCGACGAAGACCUACUCGAACGAUCGCCCUUCGGCGCAAUCCACACCUCGCUCUCACUCCUCGAAAUGAUGCUCCGCCUGACAAGCUUGCAGGAGUUCGAACAGACCACACACCUUGCCAUUCCAGACCAUGUCCUAAAGUUCUACCUUGACGAGUCCGUCUCGCGAGCUGACGCUGACGCUCCAGUUCAUCGCAGCCUUAGCAGGGAGCGGAACUGAAAUCGAGAUGACGCUUUAGCGCUGGCGGGGGGGUCUUGGAUGUGAUUAGCUUGGGAUAAUGCCGAUAAAUACCUUAGGCACACAACGAGGUUGAAUCUAUAAAGUUGGUCCUUCGGUUUGCAAGUAGACCGAGUAGAUGGAGACUCAUGUAAAAUGUGUAAAGACCGGGGCUUGGCAUAGCGGGCGUCAAGACAACUCACGAGAAGGCUAAUCGUAGUACAAAGUUUGAAUGCAAAUUGACCAUAUAAUGAAGAAA